UUCUAUCAAAAAAUUAAAAUAAAAUUUAAAUAAUAGAAAAAAAAUUUGAAUGCGAAAAAAAGAUUUGAGAUUCAAAAAUUUGCAUUUGAACACUUAAUUUUUCAUGAAAAAAAAAAAGUUUUCUUUGAUUUUAGCAACCCUUUUUGUGUUUGGGCCAUGUUAUGGGUAGGGCAUUUGUCUCUAAAUCAUUCAAUCCCCCAAAAAGUUGCCUCAAUCAUAAAAAAUAUUUUCAAUCAAAGAAAAAAAUAAUUUAUAAAAACUAAAAUCCCCCCCCCCCUUUUUUUUGUGUGUGUGUGAAAAUGAUAUGCAAAGCACAUGACCGUCUAAGGUGCUUGUCACAUGAUCUGUUUGAAAAAUAAACUUCUGUUCGAAAUUUAGACCCAUUAUAGAAAUAUCUUUUUUUGUUCAUUUCAUUCAUUUUUGUUGUUUGUUUUCCUGCUUUACAACUUUUAUAUAUGGCAGAAAACACUCACGUGACUUGAAGUUCCGCUCUGAGACCCCCAAUUUAGCCAACUGUCGAAUUUGUCAGAUAUGCAUGUGUGAUACAUCAUUGGAAAGCUUAAAAUCUCAAUUUUCUGUGGGAAGAAAAUUUUUGAGCAGGAGGGCAUUUUUUUUUUUUUUUUAAAUAUUUUUUAAACAGCAAAACCCUAUCUGGAGGUGAGAGCACACGAGAACAGAAUUACAGACGCCAUGACUUUAACGAGAUAUUAUCGCGUACCUGCUUUGUUCCGAUCCAAAAACUCCAUGUAGCAUGUAUCACUGAGUGUCAAGACACAGCUGUGAAUGGCCACAGCUGGAUUUUUUGGGGAUUUUAUGGGUGAAACAUGGUAAUAUAACAAGGGUCGCGAUGCAGAAAUCUUUUCUUUGUCAUAUAUUUACCCUUUUAAACGUUUUUUUUUUCAACUUUUUUUGUUUGGAUCAAUUAUUUAUCAUCUAACAUAUCGGAGAAAAUGCGACAGUAACAAAAAAAAAAUACAAUUAAGCGAUAGUUAUGAGGUAGAUAUCCGUGACUUUUUUACAGACGACAUUUUUUUCAUUGUGACAUAAUUUGUUUAAAAGUUUAAAAUAUGUGAGUGAAUAAUUUUUUUUAAGUCGUUUUUUUUUUAAACGAAAUAUGAGACAUCAAUGAAUGAUUCUAAGCUAAAAACGACACACAUUUUGCAUAAUAUAAUUAAUUACCUUUGUUUUAUGGCUGGUUUGAAACAAAAGCGGUUGCAUGACGUCUGUAAACGGGGGUUUUCAGGGUGAAACGGACAAAUUAAAAAUAGUUCGGGGGCUUAAUGUGCCAUGAAUCUGCUAUGGCAGCAUAUAGACGUAUUGUUCUAUCAAACACAACAGUUGUUUUAGCUUAAAAUACAGCAGUUUCUUUUUAAGAGGAGUGCAAGAGCAGAAACUGCUUUUUCAGUCGUGUCUGCGUUUUCCGCCUUAUAUAAGAAAGUCAAUUACAUGCAAUGACACUUUUCGGCCACCGGGGGGGCCUGGCGCCAUGGCCCACCAAGUGGCCGAAAAGUGUCUGGUAGCGCAUGUUCCAGUAGAACGGAAACGGCCGCUAUAUCUUGGCGGAUCCGUACCGCACACGCAUCCGGUAUAAUUUGGCCUUUACAAGUUGGUACGGUUUAGCGGAAUGCGAACAUGACGCCAUUUCCGCCAUCGUGUUUUCCGUGGUGACCGACUGUUGUCUGCAUACAAAUGUGGCCAAUGAUUUAAAAGUUAUCUUAAUUUGAUGUCAUCUGACACCUUUCUUGUUGUUUUGUCACCAUUGCUAGUGAAGAUGAACUAACAAGCACCUCAACAUGUCGUCGUGUACUGUACUAAAUAUAACAUUUAAAAAGGCUGUAGAUGCACAAAAGGCAGGCUGACGUUUUAGCAAUAAAGAGCCCAGCAGUCUUCCCACUGUGUGCAUGUGUGUGUGUGUGUGUGUGCGUGUUGGUCAAUUGCAGUCAUUACACUGAAGACCCGCAAAGACAAAACCACUGUAACAUUUCUUUUUUGUUUUUUUUAUUCGUAUUUGUGUUAAUUUUUCUCCUUCCUGUUUUAUUUGGAAAAGACUAAUCAUCCUGUUUGAGGAAUUGUUUUAUUUUGUAAAGGAAACACUGCAAGAGAAAUAAAUGCAAGAGUAGAGCCACGUUGCCUUGUUUAUGUUAUUGAGUUUUUUUCUGCAAGAUUGCAAAAAUCACCAGUGAGGAACGAAACGUUUGCUAAAUUGACCUGUCAGUAACAGUGAAUUUGGUAACUAACCUGUCUAAAACAAUGACUUUGCUAAAGUAACCUGUCAGGUACAAGAACUUUGAUAAAGCCACUUGCUUAGGAACAAUGACGUGUAUGUGUAUGUGUGCACGCAAGUUUGUGUUUGUCCAUUCCGGUCAUUACACUGAGGACUCUCAAAGACAAAUAGAACCACUGUAAUCUAUUAUUUACGUAUAUUUGUGUUACUUUUUCUUCUUCCUGUCUUAUUUUUAAGAUGAUAACCAUCCUGUAAUGGGGAUUUGUUUUAUUUUGUAACACUGUAAGAGAAAUAAAUGCGAGAAUAGAUCCAAGUUGCUGGAGUGUUUUUUUUUUUCUUGUGAAAGGCACACAGUUCAUCUUGUGAGUGUAUUAUUAACCAGACAGAGUGAUUGUGUCAGCUGCUGAUUAUUUUUUCCAGCUUUUUUGCUGAUUCAAACAUGCAGUGUUUGCUUGUUUUUAAGCUCAGCAACAUGUACUGCUAUUUUUACAUUCCGAUCUCAUUUUGGAUUUUGUUUAAGUGUUGAAGUUUACAAGAUUGUAAUAGUUAUGGAUUUUUCAUGAUAGUUUAGAUUCCCACCUUCUAAAUUUGUUGGUUUUAAUGACCAGUUUUGGGGUAGAUUUGCAAGGAGGAUUUUUUUUUUUUUACUUAUUAGUUUUAGUAUUACCGUAAUUUUCGGACUAUAAGCCGCUAUUUUUUUCUUUUCAUUUUCCUCAUUUGUUGAUUUAUUUGGGUUAAUAGGUAACACUUUAUUUGACACUACCAUUGGCAUUACUGAAUGCUUAUGACAUGUCAUUAAGUGUCAUCCGGCAAAUUAUGUCACUAACUCCAUUUAUGUCCAGCUCGGCUGUUUUACAUCCAUUCAAAAGUGACAUAAUUUGCCGUGAACACUAAAUUACAUCUGUUAUAAGCAUUCAUUAACGCUCAUGACAGUGUCAUAUCAUAAUUAUAAUUGUCUAAUAACAGUCUUAUGGCACCGCUGUCAAAUAAAGUGUUACUAAAUGCCAUAACUAGCAAUUAAUGAAACAACUGGAACAGUAACUGAAGAAAUAAUUAGCACAAAACAUGAAUUUUGAUUGAUAUUUUCAACUGUAGCGCUGCAAUGCAUGCUAGGAGGCAUGUUGGACGACAACAGUGUUGACAGAAGGUGGCAGCAGAGAUUGACUGUCUCCCACAGGGGAGCAUUGAUGGCCAAAUGAGGCUUCUUGAAGCAAUGAAGCGUUGCAGCCAAUUGGUUCAAAGCUAUAUGGUGGUUCAUUUGGUCUUAUGACAGUCGUGUGAUGACGCUGUCAAAUAAAGUGUUACAAGUUAAUAUCUUUUGGUGUAAAUAUCCCAUAAUACAGUGAGGACCGCUGCGGUUUAUAGUCCAGUGCGGCUUAUCGAUGAACAAAUGUCGUUUUCGUGUCAAAUUUGCGUGUGUGGCGGCUUAUAGACCCUACUCACGUGACGUCACAGCCACGCCCCCGCGCCAUGAUGUCCGCAUACUCGCCAUAGAAAUGCAUUAGCGCUUCGUAAAUUCUUCCUAUUAUUACACGUUUUACUGCUCGUCAACAUUAAUACUCAAAAUGGUGAAGUCGUGUGUGGCGGUCGGUUGCAAAAACAGAGAAGAUAGACGGAGAGACUUGAAUUUUUACCGUAUUCCGAGAGACACGAAGAGGAGGCCGCGAUUGACUGCUGCAAUUCGACGAGACAACUGGGCUCCAAACGACUACCACAGAUUAUGUAGUAGUCAUUUUAUAUCUGGUAAGAUGCAUUUAAUAUAUAUUUAGAGGGUUUCGGGCUGACAACCACAAUUAAGAUCAUUGCUAGGCUAAUCGCCGACAACAUACACGUAUGUAUGUAGUUAGUGCUAUCGCUAAACCAUAUAAACAUUAAAAGCCCUAGCUCCAUUGACAAAUGACAUGAAAUACAUUAGACUUGACAGUGGAUGUUAGCAAGAAUUUCAUUUUCAAUUGAAAAUUUCGUAACUCACCUUCCGAGCACAAGAUUCCUGCUGAAUUUUCGUGUACGAGGACGUGUUUCACCUAACCAGCAACGUAGCAUUUAUAAGCCUCCAAGCUCUUAAAGUUUUUCAAACUUUCGUGAGAAUAGGCUGAUUUUGUGUGGGUAUCAGAUGUCAGGCGAAGCCAGCGGGUCGAAAAACAUCGAUUUAGGCAUCAAAUACGGAUCUGGCGAAUGGAUAAACUGAAGCUUUUCCACGUAACGCCUUUUAUGCAACGGAUCCAAUGAGUUUACAGCGUCAGAUAACACCGGGGCUUCCAUGAAUUGCUCUAUAACUUGCUCGACUAAUAGAAAACAAUGGGAAUAGGUCUGAAAAAGAGGUACAAUAUGGCGGCCGGAAACAGCGACACGCCCAUUUUGUGACGUAGGUGAGUAGGGUCUAUAGUCAGGUGCAUCUUAUAGUGAAAAUUACGGUAGUUUUUCAUAUUUUGGGCUAAUUGUCAAUUGCAGGAUUAUAAAAGAAAAAAAGAUUCAUAGCAGAGAAAACUGAAUAAUGCUUCUAAGGAUAAAAUGCAAGGAGUUUGUUUUUUUUCUUCUAAUCUUUGAAAUUGUUUUUAGUUAAUUUCAGUUUUUGUAUAAUUUUGUGAACACACAAUCAUAUUUAGUCAUCUUUAUGGUUUUUAUUUAACGAGAACGGUUUCUAAAUUCUGGCUUUCAAUAUUUGUUUUUUUUUAAUUUUAUUGAUUUGUUAUUGUUUUAAUUAUUCGCUGACAGCCUCUACCAGUUCAAAUGGAUUGUGCGUAUAUCGCUGUCAAUGGCAGCCAGUGGGUUAAUUAUGAAUGUUUGUGCUUACUUUGCAUAUGUUGUCCUUAAAUCUAGUUUUAUGUUGAAAAAAAAAAAAAAAAAGUAUUCACCUAAUACUUUGCAUGGCUCAUUGCUCUUCUUGGGGGCCGGUCAAUGGGAAUUGAUCAUUACCUCCUGCCACAUGAACUCUGCCCGUUGAUUUUUUUUUUUGCUCUCGGAAAUGGAGACGGGAAAGGAGGUGACGGGCACGUUGGCAUUUGCCAUUUUUACAGCGGCGCUGGGCUCCCUGCAGUAUGGAUAUAGCAUGGGAGUCAUCAACGCGCCUCAACGGGUAAUUGAGAGACAUUAUGGGCGCUCGCUGGGCGUGCUGCCCGAGGAAGCCGCCCUGAUGUCUUCAAACGGCAGCCUCCUCACACGGGAUAUCCCGCAAGAGAUAACUCAUCCCUCCGUGGUCAUGUACUGGUCUCUAUCUGUCGCCAUCUUCUCGAUCGGCGGCGUGCUCUCCUCCUUCCUGGUGGGAUUCGUGGGCGACCACAGAGGCAGAGUGAAAGGAAUGUUGGCAGCUAACGUCCUUGCUGUGGCCAGCGGCCUCCUGAUGGGAUUGUGCAAAAUGUGGAAACCUCACAUCAUGGUCAUUGCUGGUCGCGCCAUCAUGGGAUUCUACUGCGGCUUGACGUCUGGCCUGGUGCCCAUGUACAUUGGAGAGAUUGCGCCAAAAGCUUACCGAGGGGCUUUGGGGACUUUACACCAGCUGGCUAUUGUUGUUGGCAUCCUCAUCAGCCAAGUUAUCGGCUUGGACUUCAUCCUGGGUAAUGACGACAUGUGGCCCCUGCUACUGGGCCUCUCGGGGGCCCCUGCUGUGUUGCAGUCCCUCCUGCUGCCGCUGUGUCCCGAGAGCCCGCGUUACCUCUACAUCCUGCUGGGAAAAGAAGAUGAGGCUCAGGAAAGUCUCCAUCGCCUGAGGGGGGCGUACGAUUCAUCAGCAGAUCUGGAGGAGAUGAGGCGGGAGAAGGAGGAGGCAGACAAGGUUCCUCGAGUCUCCAUCUGGUCUUUGAUCCGCUCAUCAGUGUACAGGCGUCAGCUCGUUGUUGCACUCAUGAUGCACUUGUCCCAGCAGUUGUCGGGGAUUAACGCGAUAUUUUACUAUUCCACGGCCAUCUUCACCCGGGCCGGCGUCAGUGAGCCUGUCUACGCCACCAUCGGCGUUGGCGCAAUCAACACCAUAUUUACUUUGGUGUCUGUGGCGCUAGUGGAGCGAGCUGGCCGACGUACACUGAUGCUAGUUGGCCUGGGCGGGAUGUGUUUCUGCGCAGUCACCAUGACCGUUGGCCUAAAUUACCAGAGCGAAUACACUUGGAUGAGCUAUGUCAGCAUGUUGGCCAUCUUCCUUUUCGUGGCUUUCUUUGAAAUCGGCCCCGGUCCUAUUCCGUGGUUCAUUGUGGCUGAGCUGUUCAGCCAAGGCCCCCGACCGGCGGCCAUUGCUCUUGCAGGCUGCUCCAACUGGACAAGCAACUUCAUCGUAGGGAUGACCUUUUCGUACAUACAGAACUGGCUGGGCGUGUACGUCUUCGUCUUAUUCGCCGUGCUGCUUUUCGGCUUCAUUCUCUUCAUGUACCUAAAAAUGCCGGAGACUAAAGGCAAGAGCUUCGAGGAGAUCGCCACCCUAUUCCGAAGGGACGGGAAAAAGGCGGCGCCGAGCACCAAGGUCGACGACGUUGAAUUGCAGCAGCUCAAAACGCCGAUAACCGCUUGAAGCAUGGCCCACAAGUUCAUAAUUUUAUGGAUUUGCUUAACUGAUUUGCCAUCACUGACAGCAAUAGACAUCUGAUCCAUUCGAACUGAGAGGGCUGACAGGAAAUGUACAUUUUCAGUGGCGAAAACGGUGAUAAAUUUCCAAUUCAUUUUAACUUAACAGUAUUUCAGUAUCGUCAGUUUUUUUAAGUUAAUUACUAUGAGCAAGUGUACACGGUAGAAAGAAAAAUAAAGUUGUAUUUGUAAGUAUUUCUUUUCAUUCCAAUAUGACACUUUGGGCUUGUUCUCACAAUGUUGACCCACCGUAUUCAUGGAGAAUAGCAACUGUGCCUAUACUAUGAAUUAUGAAAAUCACCAAGUAAGUGAGGAACAUUAUAAAUGAGAAAAAAAAACAAACCAAAAAAUAUUAAAUAUAUUUUUAACCCCAAAAUCCCCCCCCCCCCAAAAAAAAUCAUGACUUUAUAUUGUUGAUAAUUUGCUUCAUUAUGAAAUCUCACAAUAUUCUAUUCUAAAUGUUGUAAUGUUACAAUUAUCUUUUGGAGUUGUUUUCUUUGAAAUUUGUUUUCAAUAUUUUGACCUGAUUCUUUUGUAAUUUUUAAAAAGACUAGUCUUGUAUUUUCUGUUUUAUUUCUUCCAAAAUAUAGCUACUCUAGCAAUCAUACAGUUUUAAGAAUGACAGUAAAUAGUAAAUCAUUUACUCUAGAAAACUAUUUCUGUGCAUGGGAUAUUUAUGUUCCUCCUGUAUUUUAAUUUUUUUUAAAGCACGUAUUGUACAGUUAGAAGAAUGAACUUUUUUGUGAAGUCCCCCACAAAAGAACUAGUGUUAAUUAUGGCGUGACUACCUCAUUGUAAUGUAAUUUUUGGCAUUAUUAUAUAUUUCUCAAUUUCCUUUUUUUUGUGUGUGUUUUCACUAAUUAUUUGUGGUCAUGAGUACAAUAA